UAAAAUCCUCUGUGAGAAAUGCAUGGAUAAAAUCUUCAGCUGAAGACAUCUCAAAAGAAUAUCAACAAUGAAGAUAGCUUGUACAACCUUUGUGCUCCUCAUCCUAACGCUCCAGUGUUUGGCUUUAGAUGAUUCAGCAUUUAAACUAACGAACAAAGACACUGGUUUUUGUUUGGUUAAGAGACAUGACUUCUGCUAUUACAUACGCUGGACAACUGGGGACAGACUUCUGGUUCUCUGGCUCAAUAAGUGCCUGGGAGUCCAAGGGAAAAGUGUGGGGAGUGAAGUAAGCCUUUACGACUGUGACGAAAACAGCGACCUCCAAAAGUGGGAAUGCAAGAAUGGAACAGCACUCGCUCUACAAGGCCAGCAGCUCUACAUUGAGCUCACUGCAGAUAACACAGCAGUUCUCUCCAGAACAAUAGGACCCAAUAACCACCUCACAAUUGAAGGGACGUCCAGCAGUGCUUGUACAAGAACAUACAGAGAACUUUACACCAUUGGGGGAAAUGCAAAUGGUAGGGUCUGCAUGUUUCCCUUUCUGUACAAAAACCAGUGGUACACAGAAUGCACAAUGUACGACUCCUCAGGAAGCCAACCUUGGUGUGCAGUUCAAACUAAAUUUGAAAAUCAACUCUGGGGCUUCUGCCCGACUAACACUAGAGAAAACUGGCACAAACACAUAACAACAGGAGCAUACUACCAGCUCAACACACAAGCAGCUCUGACUUGGGCCCAGGCUGAAGCCAGCUGCAAACAGCAGGUGGCCUCCCUGCUCAGUAUCACCGAUCCUCAUGAGCAGGCUUACAUCACAGCGCUACUAGGAACAGGGGGCAAUAAGCUGUGGACUGGGCUGAGCAAGAACCAAGAACAUGGCUGGCACUGGUCCAGUGGGAAGCCUUACCGUUAUCUGAACUGGGACUCAGGAAACCCACUGCCUUCUCCGGGACACAACUGCGCAAUUGUUGAUGGUGAGGUACAGUACUCCUGGCAAAGUUCAACAUGCGAAAAGAAACGGGGGUACAUCUGCUACAGUGAGGGAUCUGUGACUACUCCUACUCAAGCUACCGAGACAGGAUUUUGUUCAAGCCCGUGGAUUCCCUACAAUGGCCACUGCUUCCACCUUCAUCGUGAUCAGCAAACAUGGUCUAAUGCUCAGAAAGCGUGUCGCAAAGAAGAAGGGGACCUAGUGAGCAUCCACAACGUGGAGGACCAAAGCUUUGUCAUCUCUCAACUUGGCUAUGCAUCCACGGAUGAACUUUGGAUUGGACUGAAUGACAUAAAGACAGAGAGACUGUUUGACUGGAGUGACCACUCUACUGUCAGCUUCACCAGCUGGGAAUCUGGAAAACCUGCUAUCUUUACUGACAACGAAGACUGUGUUCUCAUCAGGGGAGAGAAUGGGAACUGGGCUGACCGCGCAUGCAACGAGAAACAUGGUUUCAUUUGUAUGAAGACGAGUGCCUCUGAACCCUCUGGAGAUGAAGUGGACCUGAAUAUUGGCUGCAAAACUGGGUGGAAAAAACAUGGCUCCUAUUGCUACUUUGUAGGAACACAGACAAAGACAUUUGAUGAAGCCAAGGAUGACUGCAAGGCCUCAGAUUCCUACUUAGCUGAUGUGUCAAAUGGGGUGGAUAAUGCCUUCCUUGUUAGCUUGGUGGGGAUGAGACCAGAGAAAUACUUCUGGCUAGGCCUCUCAAACCUGAGACACAUUGAUUAUUUUUCAUGGACCAACACAGAGUCAGUGAGGUUCACUCACUGGAACACUGGAAUGCCAGGUCAGCAACAGGGCUGUGUUGCCAUGACAACUGGAGUUUUUGCUGGUCUCUGGGAUGUGCUGCCCUGCACCAAUAAGGAGAAAUACAUCUGCAAACACCUGGCAGAGGGGGCAGUUGCAACCCAUGUACCACCAACGGUUCCUCCUCCCAAGUGUGCCGACGGCUGGACUCGAAUACCAACAAGAAACUUCUGCUAUAAGCUUUUUCCAGAGUCAAAGUCGGACUGGAAGACCUGGUAUGAGGCCAGAGAUUACUGCAAGGCCAUCGGAGGAGACCUGCUCAGUAUCCACAACAAACUUGAGCUAAUGGUUGGACAUCGGUAUGGUCAAAAUGCGUGGAUUGGACUUAAUGCCCCUGACCCAGCCACCGGUUAUAUAUGGAGCGAUAGAUCCCCGGUAAACUUCCAACACUGGAAAGAAGGAGAGCCAAACAAUAAAAACAAUGUGGAGGCUUGUGCUGAAUUCAGUCUAUAUGAGCAAACUUGGAGCGGGUCCUGGAAUGAUGUACAGUGUGAGAAGUACAAUAAAUGGCUGUGUCAGAUCCGUGCAGGAGCAACUCCAAAGCCACCUCCAGAGCCUGUCACUCCUGACCACAAUAAGACAGCAGAUGGGUGGCUAGAACUAAAUGGGACUCAGUAUUAUAUUAACAGGAAGAGAAUGGCCAUGGAAGAUGCUCGCCAAUUCUGCCAACAGAAGCAUGGUGACCUGGUAUCUAUUGGCAGUGAAUCUGAGAGUGUCUUUUUAUGGAAACAGAUAUCCAGAAGUUACGGUACUUACUGGAUAGGCCUGAAGGUAGACCUAAAUGGAGCAUUUGCUUGGAUGGAUGGUUCUCAAAUGGUGUAUCAAAGAUGGGAUGAAGGUCAGCCUGAUUUCAAGAAUUAUGAUGAGCAGUGUGUUGCCAUGCAAUAUCAUAAUGGAUUCUGGCAUGAUUAUAAUUGUGGGCAUGAGCACAUGUCCAUUUGUAAACGCAGCACUGGCUCACCAACAACCAACGGCACUGUGGCACCCACAGAGGCCCCUAAAGGUGGCUGCCCACCCAACUGGAAAAAAUUGAACUCGAAGUGUUACAGCCUCAUUACCGAUCAGAAAUUAACAUGGGAUGCAGCGAGAAAACAAUGCAAAGCCAUGGGUGGAAACUUGGCCUCUAUUCCCUCAAGACACGUGGCAGUGUUUUUGACGACUCAAAUGGUUGAAACACCCACGACAGACCUUUGGAUUGGUUUUCGCAGUUCAGAUUCAGCUGGAUUUUAUUGGACUGAUGGGCAACCGAGGAGAUAUGUCAACUUGGAAUUUGAAAGACGCUACACUCUAGCUUCUUUUUGGGGUUACAGAGAUUAUCAAAGAUAUUUUGAAUUACGCAGGAGACAAAGAGAGUUAAAGUGUGCUGUGAUAAAUACAAACCCUGCCCAUGGCAUUGGGACAUGGAUACCAAAGUCCUGCAAUGACACCAAUGGAUUUGUCUGUCGUCGAAAUGUUGACCCAUCUCUCCCAGACUCCCCUGAACCAACAACCUCUUUUGAUUAUGUCAAAAUAUUAAAUGACUCUAUCAAGGUUGUUAGUCAAAAAAUGAACUGGGACGGAGCCAUGAAGCACUGUGAAGGUGAUGGUGCCAGACUGGCUAGUCUACGAAACAAGUGGACACAGACCUAUGUUGAGCUGCUGGCUUUGACUCUCAAAGCCCCUUUGUGGAUUGGACUGAACAAAGAAAAGACCAGUGGGUAUUUCAAAUAUAUUGAUGGCUGGCACAUGAGCCUUUCUCAGUGGGGUGAAAAUGAACCAAGCAGGAAUCGAUCUUGUGUCUACGUGGAUGUGGAUGGAAAAUGGAAGACUAGUGACUGCAUGCAGACCAUGAAUAGUGUUUGUAUGAAGUCUACAGAUGUGCCACCGACAGACAUCACUGAUUUUCCUGGAAUUUGCCCUGAAGACCCAGAUGAAUCAGACAUAGACAAUAUAUACACCUGGCGACCAUUUAAAGGAUACUGUUACAUAUUUUUCACAAACAAAAGAAAUUGGCCAGAUGCAGCUGUAAGCUGUAGCAGACAUGGUGGAUUACUAGCCAGUAUUGAAGAUCCCUCUGAGCAAGAAUUCAUUAAGAACACUGCAAAUAUAUUUAAAGACAGCUACAGCAACUUCUGGAUCGGCCUGUUUAAAACUCUCAAAGGGGAGUGGUUGUGGUUGGACAGAACAAUCAUGGACUACACUAAUUGGGCUGAAGAGGAACCUGGUUUUCACAGCAAUGGAGGCCUUAGUACCUUGGAUGGGACAUGGAGUACAGCCUCUGAGAAUUAUUAUAGACCAUACAUCUGCAAAACACCCAAAGUAUUACCAACAACACAGUUACCAUCACCGCCAGAAUCACCUAAACAUCAUCAACGUGGUCAUAUAGCUUUGGCAGCUGUGGUGGCCGUCAUGGGGCUUGCCAUGGGGGUAAUCGUUGCCUUCUUCAUCUGCAAAAAGUUCAAUCAUCGUGUACCCAUCCCUGAUAUGUUAACCACCUUUGACAACCCACUCUUCUUCAACAAUGAGCAGCCACCGCCUGUUGUGGUUGACACCAGUAUACUAGUUGAGAAUGCAGAGGAAGACAACUCUGACCUUGUUGUAAUUGAAUCUGAUAGGACACAGGCUCUAUCUAGGGCUCAUGGUUAGUGGCUUACUCUUUUGCAUGGCCAGUGAUAUCACAGUCAACUCUUCAAUAGAGUUGGCAAUGAGUGAAUACAAUGGCCAAAGCAAUUUAGAAUGUUCAUUGGGAAUGAUAGUUUGAACUUAUAUGUAAUCAUGUACUG